AUGGCCCUCUUCCAGCAACCCCGGCAGAAAGUUCCAGAUUGGCAUAUGGCAGUGGUUGCCACUGAGGCCACCGGAUUCAGGUGGCACACGGCAUUGUCUGCCUCUCACCCAGCAGUGGCCCUUUUAGGCAGCACAGAACAGGAGGGUGUGUUUAAGCUGGAUUUGAGGAAAGAAGGCGGGUCUUCUGGUGCACGGGGAGUGAAUCUGCUCCGUAAGAAGGAUGGAGUGUCCCCAUGUGAGCGGUGCCGCUGUGAAGCCAACGGGGAGGUGCUGUGCACCGUGUCGGCGUGUCCUCAGACGGAGUGUGUGGACCCCGUGUACGAGCCUGACCAGUGCUGCCCCAUCUGCAAAAAUGGCCCAAACUGUUUUGCGGAAACAACUGUCAUCCCCGCUGGAAGAGAAGUCAAGACUGACGAAUGCACCAUAUGUCACUGUACUUACGAGGAAGGCACGUGGAGGAUCGAGAGACAGGCCAUGUGCACGAGGCAUGAGUGCCGGCAAAUGUAGGAACGGGACCACACACACACACAAGAACAAAAAAACAGACGUUUUUCUAGAACCUUUUACUGACGGGAACAUUCUAGAUGACUCUGGGGAAUAGCAUUCAACAGGAGAAGACUUUUGAGGAGGAAUAUGGAACAUGGUUGGUACUUUUGCGUUUCUUGCUAACAGUUACUGCAAAAGAAGGAAAUGGGUAUAUUUCAAAACAUCCACAAGAACUUUGGGCAUAAACCCCCCUCUCUAAAUAAAUGUGCUAUUUUCACAGUAAGUACACCGAAGGACACUAUUCUAUAUUAAAUGUAUUUCUAUAAUCCCUCUAUUAGCUUAUAUAAAUGUUUUCUAUAGAUACAGAUUAAAAAUGCUGUGUUGUCAACCAUG